AUCAGGUUUUGGUAGGGAAAUUAUUUCUCAAUAAAGAGAAAAACACUUAGUUAAUAUAAGUCCAGAAGAAGGAGAAAGUUUUACUCUAUGGACAAAAAACAAAGACUGCUUGGAUUGUAUGCCGUUUUUAAAACCUAAAAAGUCUGCAUUAAUACAACUAAUUCAGAUUGAUCUUUUCAAAAAAAUGGAAAUAUCACCAUAGUUCACUUAACAAAGAAAAUAAUAGCUAUAGAAAUUCAAACUGCCUAGCUUUUAUCAAUCUUGUUAUAAAGCAAUUAAUCUUUGCAGCAUUUCAAUUUUAUCCCAUAUCAUAUUCAGAUUUAUUAAGGCAGCUUAGAGUUAAUGGUGAAAAAAAUUUAUAAAGCUCUUUGAACUGGGAUUGUCUGUUUGUGAAUCAAAGAGAAUAAUAUAUUAGCAAACUUUACCAUGUAAAGCUAAUGCCUCCAUUAAUCCAACAUCCAGACAAAUUAAACACAUUUAUGAUGUAUAGUAUACUCAAAAUUAGGCUCGUCUAUUGAUUUUUGGGAUACAUUUAAAAAAAGGAAGAUUGAAUUGGAAAAUAAAAUGAUUCAGAUAUGGAAGAUUCAAGAAGAAAAUGUACUUAAUAGCUCUAAUAACGUUUUUCCAUUCCCUAAAUUUGAAAAAUUUUUUAAAAUAAAUAUUAAAACAAAAUCUGAAUUCAAAUUCAUGUGCUUAAAAUGUAAAAAAAUAUAUCAUCAAAUCAAUCGAGUAGCUAUAACCUGAAGAAACACCUAAAGACUGUUCACGCCAAUUGCUAUAAGGAAAGAGAGAAACAUAUAAAAAAUUUUGGUAUAGGAGAAUCUUCAUUCAAAAAGACAAAUACUAUCCAAAUCAAAUUAACUGAUAAUAAAAAUGCCAAUAUUUCACAAAAAUUGGCUGAUAAAGUUAUUGUUGAUUUUAUUAUUGACACAGUUCAGCCAGUGUCUUUGGUUGAUAAUCCAUCAUUUACUCUGAUGAUUAAAACUUUAUCCCCUGGCACAACAGUUAUAUGUCGCCAGACACUUAUGAAUAAAAUAGACGACAACUUCAAAGUGAUGAAAGAUGCUCUAAUAGUAGAGUUAUCAUAUAUAUCUUAUGUAUGUACCACGGCAGAUAGUUGGACACAUAACAGAAGAGCUUAUUUGGGAAUCACAGGCCAUUGGUUAGACCCUAGGACUUUAAAAAGAAGAUCUGUAGCCUUAGCCCUUAAAAGGAUUAUAGGAUGCCAGACAUAUGACGUACUUGCAAAUAAAAUUAUUGACAUCCACAAGUCUUUUAGGAUUCAUAAUAAAGUUUGCAAGAUGGUUACUGAUAAUGGGUCUAACUACCUGAAGGCAUUUAGAUAUCUUUUAACCUACAAAACAUCUCAAGAUCAUCUAGAGCUCUUCUUUAGCUGUUUACGAAGCAGAGGAGGUUUUAAUAAUAACCCUUCUGCCUAUCAAUUACGAUCAGCUAUAAGAGGCGUUAUGAUAGCAAAGAUGGGAGCCUUAUGCACAGAUGUUCCAGAUAUCCAAAAAUUAUCGCCAUUCGUUGAUAACAUCGCAACUUAUAUAUCAGGAUAUAUAACACGUAAACUUAUAUCCGAAAAUAAGAUGGCUAUGCCUAAUCACUUUAAAAAGCAUAAAGACUAUAAUAGCUUUACUGCUUACUAUACAUGCACAAAUAAACCAUGCCUUGGACGCUGGAUUGUUAAGAACAAUUUAUUUACCAUGUCCAAAGAGUGCACGAAUGCAAUCUGCCUUCAAAAAAAUUAUUUUUCUGUAGGAUGCCAAACUUCCAUUUCAUAUGCAAGUAUUGGGUGUCAAACUAUUCAAGAUGAUAUUCCUAUUCUAACCCGAGAAGCUGUUGUCAGUGAAAUCAAUUAUGCAUCAAUUCCAUCUAUUCAAGAUGAUAUUCCUAUUCUAACCCAAGAAGCUGUUGUCAGUGAAAUCAAUUAUGCAUCAAUUCCAUAUCAAUCACCAUUCAAUUUUCAAGAUUUAUUUUUUUUAAAAAAAUCAAUUUAUAAAUUAAUAAAAUCAAAAUAUAAUAAUGACUUUUUAUAUUCUAAUAAGUAUUUGUAUAUUAAUGAUAAAUUAAUAUAUUAUAAAUGCCAUACAAAACAUUGUAAAGGGAGGGGGAUUUUAAAUACUCAUUUUAUAAUGACACAAAAGCAUAUUGAUCAUAAUGAUGAAGAAAUAUAUAAUACACUCAUCACGAUCAAUAUGCUUAAAACAGAACUUCUGUUAAAUAAAAAUAUUAGUAUUAGAAAGACAUACAGAAAGGUUAUGAGAGACAGAAAACUCGAUCCUUUCUGUAUGCAAAACCCCAAAACGUUACCUACCUUUUUAUCGGUUAAAUCCAUUAUGGGACGUGUUAUUCAAUUAACACGACCCCCCCUUCCCCUUUCAAAUGGUGAUAUUAUAUUAACCCAAGAGCACACAAUUACCAUGACUGGAACUAAUUUUUUAGUUCAUAGUUGUGAUGAUAAAAAAUUGUUAAUAUUUUCUACAACAUCUCUUCUUUCACGCCUUUGUUUGGCUGAAAAAAUUUUUUUGGAUGGAACUUUUAAUUCCUCCCCUAAAUUAUUUUAUACUAUUAAUAUUUUAAUUAACCAUACCUUAAUUGUAUGUGUUUAUAUAUUAUUACCUAAUAAAUACAAAAAUACUUAUAUAAAUAUGUUUAAUUUAUUAAAAAAUUAUUGUUUAACUUUAGGUUUAAAUUUUUCCCCAAAAUAUGCCACCAUUGAUUUUGAAAUUGGCGUAUAUUUAGCCUUGAAGAAUGUUUUUCCAAACAUUCUUGUCAAAGGCUGUUAUUUCCAUUUUUGUCAAUGUAUCGUUAGGCGCAUUCAGCAAUGUGGUCUGACCAUGAUAAAUAUACAAAAUAAUGAUGUAAAAAAAUUUUUCCGUAUAAUUAUGGCUAUUCCGUUUUUAUUAGAGCGGGAUGUGCCAUAUAUUAUGAAUGAACUAAAAAUACAAGCUGAUUCUUUUGGGUUGUAUUCUAUAUACAACUUUUUAGAUUAUUUUGAAAAUACUUGGAUUAAUAGUAAUGCAAGAUUUAACUACCAAAUGUGGAAUACAUUUGAUGUUAGAGGUGAAAGGACAAAUAAUCAUGUCGAAGGUUUCCACAGAUCUUUGAAAGAAUAUUUUCCUUACUCUCAUCCUAACAUUUAUCUUUUUAUUGAUACUAUAAAAAUUAUAGAACAGGACAUGGACCUUAAAUUAUUACAAUUAGAUGAUGGAAGGAAACCUACUUCCCCUCCCACUGUUUGA